AUGUCGCUCUAUCCGUCGCUUGAAGAUAUGAUGGUCGAUAAGAUGGUACAGUCGCAGAAUACGGCCAUCGCUACAGCCGUGGCACAACAACAGCAGCAGUACCAGCCGAACCCACCGUCAGCACCUGCCGCGGUGGAUGGCUAUGGUCUGUAUCCCAGUUUCGAGAAAUCAACGGAGAAACCUUCGAACCCCCCGACGGGCGGUGCCUUGAUGUAUCCAGACCUGUACGAGUACAUGGGUCUGGAGCUUUCGAAGGAGAUGAUCCAAGCGAACCUUCCACAGUACAUGCCACACGCCUCGAAUGCCAUCGUAUCGCAGCAAUCUGCCGUUGCUAUCGUGAACAAUGCUAACAUGGUCGCACCCGUUACCGGCCACUUUACCGGGCUGCAGCGUGGUCAAGUGACUAAUGGCAUACGUGAGCUUAUAAUGUGUAAGGGCGCGGACAAGAAAGUUGGCCUUCGGGUGCAAGCGAUCAAUAAGGGAAUUUUUGUGAGCGUGGUCGUGAAAAAUAGUCCGGCCGCACUGGCCGGGCUGCGUUUCGGUGAUCAGAUACUGCAGAUCAACGGUACGCUGGUGGCAAGCUUCUCGAACGAUGACGUGCACAAGCUGCUGAAGAAAAGUGACAAGAAUAACAUUUCCGUGGUGGUGCGCGAUCGGCCCUUCGAGCGUGCUAUUACGCUGCACAAGGAUUCGUCCGGUAGCUUCGGUUUCCAGUUCAACAACGGUACCAUCACGGCCAUCGUGAAGGAUUCGUCGGCGGCACGGAACGGACUGCUGGUAGAUCAGCAGCUGCUGGAGGUGAACGGCCAGAACGUGAUCGCCAUGAAGGACAAGGAAAUCGGCCAACUGAUCAGUGCGUCCGAGCAGGUCAUCACGCUCACGAUCGUACCAAAGAUGAUCUACGACGUGAUGAUCAAGAAACUGUCCACCUCCUGGUUGCGGGGCAAGAUGGAUCACUCAGUGCCAGAUUUUUAA